AUGGUUGCAGUGCUGGCAUUUAUACGAGGAGGAAUGACACAACUUCCAUACAAUAAGAGAAAGGUCAGCAACUACAGCUCAAGUAUAAACAGGGAGGUGACAAACAAUGAUAUGACGGAGGUCCUCGAAUGGUUUGCAAUGAAAAAGAAAGAAAACCCAGGGUUCUACCAUUCGCUAGACUUGGAUGAAAACAACAAAGUAAGAAGUGUGUUCUGGGCAGAUGCAAGAGCUAUACUUUACUAUGAUAUAUGUGGUGACUGUGUCAGCUUCGACACAACAUUCCUAACAAAUAAGUACAAUAUGCCGUUUGCACCGUUUGUUGGUAUCUCACCACAUGGAAAAACAUACCUAUUUGCCUGUGCAUUCAUAGUGAAUGAAUCAACAGAAAGCUUCGAGUGGUGCUUUAGAGAGUUCAAGAAAGCUAUGGGAGGCAAGAGCCCUAUAUCAAUUAUAACUGACCAAGAUAAAGCAAUGGGAGUUGCAAUUCCAGAAAUUUUCAAAGAUGCCGUACACAAAUGUUGUUUGUUUCAUGUGAAGAAAAAAAUUGAUGACAAAGGAGGUCCAGUAUUCCAAGCAAACGAAGGUCUAUAUGAGGAAAUGCAAGACAUUAUUGACAAGUCACUGAUAGUACAUGAAUUUGAAUCACUAUGGCAAGCAAUGAUAAAUGAGCACAAUGUAGGGCAUAUUAAGAUAUUCCAAGAUCUUUGGAAGAGUAUAAAGAAGUGGGUUCCAGUUUACUUCAAAAACAACUUCUUCCCCUUCAUACAAACUACAGCUAGAAGCGAAGGCACUAAUGCAUUGUUCAAAAAAGGUGUAGGCCCACAAUUCAGCAUGACAAGUUUCCUAAGGGAGUACCAACGCAUAAUGGAUAACAUUCAUGCAACUGAAGAUGAACUAGAUCAUAAUGUAGUAAACAAGAGGGUUCCGGAGAAAAAGUAUCUCACUAGAUACUACAUUGAAAGGCAAGCACAUGAACUGUACAACAUAUCUAUCUUCUGGAAAUUCCAAAAUAUCUUAAAUGAUGUUACAAGACUACAAAUCAGAGAGGAAGAAAAAGGGAAGAUGUACUGGGUAUUUCAAGCAACAAAUUACCCAAUAAAAGAGCACAGGAAAAGGGAUUACCUUGUUCAAGUAAAUGAAGAGACACAAGAUUAUUCGUGCAUCUGCUGCCGGUUUAAUAAGGAUGGCCUGCUCUGUUCUCACAUACUGAAGGUAAUGCUGCAAUUGCAAGUGGAAAAGAUACCAGAAAAAUAUAUAAUUGACAGGUGGCGUAAGAGAGAAAAGAAGCAAUUCAAUCAUUUUAUCCCUCCUCCAAAUGAGGACAGCACAGUACUGAGAUUCAAUAUACUAUCAAGAAUGCUGGGUCACACUGCUUCAAACGGAUCAAAGAACAACAGAAGAUACAAAUUCUUGAUACAAGAAAUACCAAGACUUGACGCAGAAAUGGAAAAAAUGGACAAAGAAACUGAAGAAAAAUCAGCAAUGGGGCAGAACAGCUCAACACGAACUGUUGUGAACUUGGAUCCUACAACUGAAAGUGGUUCAAACAUACAACUACUUGACCCAGAUGUUGUAGAUACAAAAGGUACAAACAAUGAGGGAAAUGCAUCGUCAAAAAGGGCAAGGAAAACUACAAAACAAAGUGUUGCUGAGCAAAACAUGGUGAACCAAAGUGUUUCUUCUUCAGCAACACCACACACAGAUGGGCAGUAG